CCUUACCCUCCAGUUUACCCAGUCAGCAGACAUUCAUAUCUAGCGUUCAAAGGUUCAAAUUAAAUAUUAAGUAAUUCAAUGCUGUUCUGCAAUACAAAUAUAAAUUACACCAAGGACAUAGAUCAAACCAAGUCACAAGCGUGUUAUUGUCAAUAUGGAUCUAGGACUUGUAGGAACAUUCCUUUUGAUUGUCUGUAUAACGGUUCUGUUUUAUUUAAAUUCGUGGAGAAGCCACAUCAAGAAGGGAAAUCUGCCCCCUGGACCUACAGCUCUGCCCCUGUUGGGAAAUAUUCUCCAAAUUAGCAUCAAGGAAUUUCCCCAGUCCCUGCUUCAGCUGAGUGAGAAAUAUGGACCGGUGUUUACGAUUUAUCUGGCUAAUAAACGAGUAGUCAUACUUAUUGGAUAUGAAACGGUGAAAGACGCUCUCGUUGAUCACAGUGAUGCAUUUAGCGACAGAGGUGGCUCAGACCUAAAUGAAUUUUUCUUCAAAGAUUAUGGAGUGAUCAUGAGCAAUGGGGAAAGGUGGAAGACAAUGCGGAGAUUCGCUCUCAUGACAUUGAGAAAUUUUGGAAUGGGGAAGAGAAGCGUUGAGGAGAGAAUCCAAGAGGAAGCUCAGUACCUUUCUGAAGCCUUCAGAAAGUAUAAAGAGACUCCUUUAGAUCCCAUAACUCUCCUGGGGCAGGCAGUGUCCAAUGUGAUUGUAUCUAUUGUAUUUGGAGAAAGAUAUGACUAUGAAGACAAGACCUUUCAGAAACUUCUGUCUUAUCUUGGAGAUAUCGUUAGACUGCUAAAUACUCCUUCUGGUCAGCUGCUCAACAUUUUUCCACAUGUGGGGAGAUGGAUCCCUGGACCUCACCAGAAAAUAUUCACAAUUCUCAAUAAACUCGAAGAGUUUUUUAAACAUCUGGCACAAUCUCACAGAGAGAAAUUGGACACAAACUGCCCACGGGACUUCAUAGACUGCUUUCUGAUAAAGAUGGAACAGGAGAAAAAUAAUCGCAAUACUGAAUUCAAUCAAGAUAAUUUAUUGACUACCAUAAUGGAUUUAUUCUUUGCCGGCACUGAGACCUCAAGCGUAACACUAAGAUAUGGCUUCCUGAUACUUCUUAAAUAUCCAGAGAUACAAGAAAGGGUUCACAAAGAGAUAGACCGUGUGAUUGGCCAUGAUCGCUGUCCAUCAGUAGAGGACCGUAGUGAGAUGCCGUACACAGAGGCUGUGAUCCACGAAAUCCAAAGAUUUGCUGAUAUUGUGCCUCUCGGGGUAGCUCAUGCAAGCAGUAAAAACACAACCUUCAGAGGAUAUGACAUUCCUAAGGGUACUAUGAUUCUCCCUGUACUGACCUCUGUCCUGAAGGACCCCAAGUACUUCAAAAACCCCAAAUCAUUCGACCCUGGUCAUUUUCUGGAUGAAAACGGCUGCUUUAAAAAGAAUGAAGCGUUCAUACCAUUUUCUGCAGGUAAACGUGUGUGUGCAGGGGAGGGUUUGGCUCGUAUGGAGAUCUUUCUAUUCCUCACUACCAUCUUGCAGAAGUUCAUCUUAAAGCGAACAGUGGACAAAAAGGACAUUGAAAUAACUCCAGAGCCAGGAAGCGGCGCUACAAGACCUCGCCUAUACCAAAUGUAUGCUGUGCCUCGCUCACAUCCCUAGAUGGACUUGUUUAUCAGGCAACAUAAGCUUUAAAAACAAAAUCAUCAAUAUUAGGAUAACUUGAUAAGAAACGCACCAUAUUGAAUAUGUUUUACUUAGGAUAUUGUAUAACCUCUUCCUCUUUUGCUCUUUCUACAAGUUGAAUAUGUUAUUCCUUUGAUUCUUGUCUUAUUAUUUCAGUCAUCAGCCCAUAGUUCACAAUGAGCACCAGCUGCCAUGUGAAUAUUUUAACGUGGACAUCACAUCAUUACACACAGAAAUCUAACACCUCCCCACAUUCAAAUGUUUUUGUUGCCUUUGUAAAGUUUUGAAAAACUUUGGUUUCAAUAAUAACACCAGUAAUUAUUAUUGUAAAAGGACUUUAUGGUGCAUUCCACUCAUACAGCGGUACAAAUAUUAAACUUAUCUUCAGCAAAAAAAAUGUUUCAGUUGAA